AUGGCGUCGGAAAAGUCUUCAACAAAGCCUCAAUGGCUAUGGCAGUCAAAUCCAAAUCCAUUCACAUCAGAUGAAAAGGAGGAAUGGAAAACUUACUUGGAAGAACCUUCGGAAAUACUCGAACAAGCAUAUAGGAAUGGAGACCAGUAUGCUUAUUUGGAGGAACAUACUAUAGAUCUUACAGAAUUUAUCCAAUUUCGAACGAAAGAUCCAUCCAGAAGAAGACCUAUAAAACGGGUUCUAAUUGACAAAAAGUCAUUGCUGAAACCUAUAAAAGAACUUGGACGCGGUGCGUUUGGUACAGUAUAUCUAGGCACGUAUGGUAAUAGUCAAGUAAUCGCUUAUAAAGUUAUAAGAUCAAAUUCAUCCAAAGAAGCGAUGAGAGAAGCGAAUAUCUUGAAAACGCUGAGUCAUCCGAGCAUUGUUCGAUACAUCGAUGUCAUUCCUACGGCAAACCAUCUAUUACUGGUCAUGGAAUACAUAGAUGGAGGUACAAUAUUUAAGUACAUUCGAAAGACAUCAUAUUCAAAUAAGUAUUGGAGUGAUUGUAAGAAAAUGAUGAUCGCUGUGGCCUAUGCUCUGAAUUAUUUGUCUGAAAAGCACAUUAUCCAUGCUGAUUUGAAAUCGGAUAAUAUCUUAUUGACAUCAGAUAAUACAGCAGUUCUCUCUGACUUUGGUCUUUCGAAAGUUGUCAAAGACUCAGACAUACCAUUCAGCAACGCGGCUAGAGGCGCUAUACGAUGGUGGGCACCUGAACUUUGCGCCAGUCGUCGGGAGCCACCUUCGUAUUUCUCCGAUGUGUGGGCUUAUGGAUGCGUCCUUUUGGAAAUAAUAACGAAAAAAUAUCCUUGGGAAGAUUUUUUCGGAGACAACAGCGAACUGAUGGAUGCUCUUACUGAUGAUCGCAAUAUUAAAGCAUUCGAACAUUUUUGUUAUAAUCUGAAUGCGCCGGACAAUUUCCAUAAAAUACUUCGUUCCUGCUGUUCUUGGUCAAAAAAUCAUCGGCCAAAUUUCAAAAGAAUUAUCAACGAUUUUAAUGAGUUACCAAGUGCCAAUAGUAAUGCUCAAAAUAAAUCUGAAGUCUCAUUUGACUUAAGUGAAGAUGAAAGUUAUCCAUCAUACCCAAUUCCACGACCACAGCUUCCAUUAUAUCCUAAAAAGACAUUAAAUUCUACAUCCUCUACAAGCAAAUAUGAUGAUGAAGAUUAUUCAUCAUAUCCAACUCCACAACGGCAGUACUCGGCACGCCCUAAGAAGACGUCAAACUUCACAUUCUCUUCCAGUAAAUAUGAUGAUGACUAG